UGUCAAUGGUAGUCUUAAAAAAGAACUUAUUUCAUUACAAGAGAGUGACGCGAUGCCUUUAUUCUUCAAUAAGUUUUCCCCCAAGAAGACGCCAACCCGGAAAGCAUCCGUUUUCCUGGCAAAUAAAAAUUUAAGCCCUCAACGAAUAGAGAAGGAACUUGGUCCAGAGGUUGGUCCAAUUCGCCUUCGCCUUGGAGAUCAGGAAGCUGUUUUUGAGGCUGGCCUCUGGAUUCCAGAAUCUGGCAAGGCAGGAGGUACUUUCAAAGAGAAUGAGAAGUUAAAAAAAGAAGUGAGACGACUGGAAGAAGAGAACAAUUUACUGAAGCUAAAGUUUGAUGUACUUUUAGAUAUGUUAACGCAAACAACCGCCGAGGUUCACUCGCAGAAAGAAGAAUUGGAGAGACUAAAAAAUAAUUUUUCUCAUAGUAAACGAGUUCUCGUUUAACCUAUUAAUCUAUUAUUUGCAUCUAGGAUAUAAAUAAUAACUAUAAUAUCAAUUGAUUACAUAAUUACCUCCUUUAAUCGGAAGUCUUAACAUUUGUGAGAACUGUUGCUUCAAUAAGACACAAUAAGUCAAAUCUUAGCAAUAAAAGCUGUGUUCUACACUGCUUCUAGUUAAGGUUUUUACAAUUUUAAUCGUUACAAACUGUACAUUAUUUACAAUACUAUAUUAGAAAAAUAUUUCUUUAUCAGUUUAUUGUGUUUCUGGACAUUUCCUCUUUGUAUGACCUGUGAAAAAAUAGUGUAAAAUAUAAGAAAAAAAUAUAUACGAUUGUAUACAAGUUUGUAUACAAUAAUAAUGGGUUGGAAUAAAGUUCGUAGCGUUUUUUGAAUAAAAUUCAAAGACAAAUAUUUAAAUAUUUGUACAUAAAUGUAUUCAAUCAUAUAUGUGCUGUUGCAAAUUUUUGUCCAAUUCAAUAAAUAUAAUUAGAGAAUAAUAAAAA